GUGGCGGUGGAGGGAGAGGGGAAAUGACCAAAGGAGAGAGGAAGACAGAAGGAGAGGGAGGAAGAAGUGUCCGUGGAGUAGAGGACAGCGGAUACAGGGCUGCGCUUCUUGGGGCUGCUCCUGGGCCUCCUGAAACCUAACCAGACAGAAGGAGCAGUGGCCGCUCAGCGCUGCCCUCCCAGCGGAGGGCACUUCGGGAAUGCAGCCGCUCCCGCCGCCUGUGUCUGGCCCUCUGGCUCUGCUGGAUACCACAGAGGGCUUUGGAAGGAGGAGGAAGAUCUCUCUGUGGUUUGUGGGCUCUCUGCUGCUGGUGUCCACGCUCAUCCUGACCAUCGGUCUUGCUGCCACCACCAGGACAGAGAAUGUGACCGUGGGCGGCUACUACCCAGGGAUCAUCCUGGGCUUUGGGUCCUUCCUGGGAAUCAUUGGCAUCCACCUGGUGGAGAAUAGAAGACAAAUGCUGGUGGCGGCCAUCGUGUUCAUCAGUUUUGGUGUCGUGGCGGCAUUCUGCUGUGCCAUAGUCGAUGGCGUGUUCGCAGCACGGCACAUUGAACCAAGACCUCUCAGCGCAGGAAGGUGCCAGUUUUACUCCAGUGGGACCGGGUACUUGUAUGAUGUCUAUCAGACAGAGGUCACCUGCUACUCUCUGAGUGGAAGGUGUCAGCUGAAAGUGAGGAGCAACACAUGUUACUGCUGUGACCUGUAUGCUUGUGGGAGCACAGAGUCCUCCCCUGCCUACUAUGAAUUUGUGGGUGUGCGGAGCUGCCAGGAUGUGGUCCACCUGUACCGGCUGCUCUGGGUGUCCACAGUGCUGAAUGUCCUGGGCCUGUGCCUUGGCAUUAUCACAGCGGCAGUCCUGGGAGCCUUCAAGGACAUGGUCCCUCUGUCUCAACUGGCCUAUGGCCCAUCUCCACCACCUCAGAUCCUCUACAACCCUGCCCAGCAGAUCCUAGCCUACACUGGCUUGUGCCCUCCAUCUAUGACUGUGCCAACCUGUUCCUCCUACCCUCUGCCACUUCAGAUGUCCUUCAGGCCUGAGACCCUGGGCAUUGGACUGGCAUGGAGUGCUGCCCUCAGUGGCUCGCGUGUCUGUGUGAGGAACCUCCAGGCUACAAAGUGGAAUCCGAAUCCAGCCAAACGCUGGCUCAGAGCCAAACUGAAGCCUAGCCUGAGCUCCAUGUUUGAACUCUUCUCACAUGUGACACAAACACAGUGUCAUCUAACAGCCCAGAGGAGCUCUGUAGAGCCGACAGCUGCGCCCCAGGCCCCAGGUCCUCUACCGCAGACUGUACUGUGAAGGGUGCCAUGACCUUGGCUUCUGCAUAGAUUUGUUAACAAGCUAAAGUUCCACAGUUAAACAAGUUCAGUCUCUCAGUUCUGACCCCAGCAAGUACGAUUACUGUGGGCAGGAGGGUUAUCAGCGUGGGCUGGACAUAGGCUUGUAUGCCCUACAUUAGUGCUGCAAACCCUGGGCUGAUCUCAUCUGAUAUAGCAAUGGGUCUUCUGCUGUCUAGGCUCUAGAGGACCAGGAGCAGAAAAUGCAGCUCCUGGAUGACCCUCAGCCAGUGUUAUGCAGAUGAUGAGGUUCUGCCCAGCAGCAGUACCACAGCUGACUCUGGGAUCCAUGAAAUGACCUCUUAUAGCAGAACCCAACUCUGGAAGACUUUCAUCCCCGAACUGGGUGACAUACUUUCAGCUAUGCCCAAGGUGACCACAGUGGCAGACGCUGUGCUGGGCGUACAAAAAUGCAUUUACUAAAGGUGUGAUCUCCUUUGUGUGAGAAGGGACUGAGUGGGUGAUGAACUCGUUCACUACUGAAGCGUCGGGCGGUCUGACAUCCAGGACUGAGCCUAGCCUGACAGGGGGCCUGGCAGCCCAGCUGGCCAGCACAGCUGACUGUGGCUAGGUGCCCAUAAUGGUCCAAGGGGGAUGGGAUAGUUAUUAUGAGAGAAGAGUCAUUGCUUCCUUCACAUGCGUUCACUGGCUUCCAGGUUUCUACAGAAGAAACCCCAAUAUUUCCUCAGUGCAGCCUAGGCCCGAACAUCAGUUCACUCUAGGUCUCCUAUUGGUGUGUCUACUCAACUUCCUGCCUCUGCAGUCUAAAAAAGACCCCACAACCACCUCACCUCUGUGGCUCAUGCAAACUCUUGCUCUUCAACCUAUACAACCCCUCUGCUACUCACAAGGUGCUCCAGCUCCUAAUGCCUGCUUCCUUUGCUCAUCCUCAGCCCUGAAGUAUCCCAUCAGCCGGUGAGCGGUCUCUAUCAUGGCUCUCCCUAUACUGGUGCUGUAGUUGGAAGAACAUACAUGUUCCGAAAUUUUCUAAACUCCUAACAGUUAAUUUACUGUCUAGGGUGGAGCGAGGUUGAAUGAUCAAGCAAAUUCCUCAGAAACGUUGCACAUAGGAACGCCUUGAAGCUGUGUAGGAAUGUACAUUAGAUAUGGUACGGUUCCCUGCCUUCCAGAACAUCGGUAUCCUUUUUAGCUGAGGUGGAGGCACACUUAGUGUCUUCCUGCAUCUGUCAGAAGAGCAGAGUUAUGAAUGACUGGGCAGGGAACACUGAGGGGCAGAACUUCGCCUCCUGGGAUGCUCUCUUACUGAGCCAUGAGUUCAGGGUAUGUGAGUUGCCAUCUAGACAGUACCAAGUCAUAGUCACUGCUCCCAGCCAGCAGUCCUGCCUGGGUCCUAGUCCAGGCUUGUCCCCGUGGCUGUGUAGAGGGCACCCUCUCCCCAGGCUUCUUCUUUCCUUGGACCCUCCCCUGUUCUGCUACAGACACUCUGACCCCUCAAAGCCAGGAAGGAGGACAGACAGCAGUCAGUAGCUGGAGAGAUGGCAGGGGUCCAUGUCUGUCUGCAAAGCAGAACAUGGAUUUUUCAUUUUGUCUUCACUGCAAAGGGAAAAACCAUGUCUUUCUGUUUUUCUUCCAAACGUUAAUUCCCAAGCCUGUUUUAUUGCCUGGGGUAUAGGAAGUGACUCCUGAGUAGGAGGUCACUGUCUGUCACCCAAACUCCAGUGGGGGGAAGCAGCUGGAGCUGAGGGCAGAAGACGCCCCCGUUGAUCAGAUGAACAGAAGAUCCCGGUCUCAGGUGCUCAGGUUCCUGGGUGUUCUGAGCUAGUUCUCUAUCUUCUCUGUUGGCCUUCAAUGUUUGAGCAUCCUCAUGCAAUUAUUCUAGUACCUUCUGGGCCGAUGCCCACAUGGCUGUCACAGGAAGCCCUUUCUGAGUAAGCCACACUCAGCCAAUGAAGCAGCAGCUCUGGUUAACUAGAGCAGGUGUCCUACCCACGGGCCACAUCCAGCGCUGAAUGCUAGGGGUAGCCUGAGCCUUCC